UUAUCAUCAGCCCUUUUAUUGACUUCAGGCAUCACAGAGUGGAAGGAGCAGCAAAGAGGAAAAAAGUCGAGAGGGGGGGGGGAGGGACAGAAGAGUACAGACACAAAGGUAGAGAAAAGCGUUGAAGCUGACAGUGCUCAACUAAUGUGGACAAAACCGAGAGUACCUGAGGGUGAAGAGCUUCUUGAUUACAGUCUAUGGUAUUCCAUUUCCAAUGGAACCUCAGCGAAUCCCAAGGAAGAUCUUCUUGUGAUCAAAGCUGAGGAAACACAAGUCAUGUUGCGUGGUUUGACACCCGAUUCCAAUUACCAUGUCCGAUUGGCUGGGCGAUCUUCCAGCGGUCACGGAACGACGGCUUUGCUUGAUUUUCGCACUAAGGAACAUCGUAAGUCAAAGCGUUUGAAUGAUUGGAUUUAUUCUGCUAAAGUGGAUGGAAGAAUGAGAAAGAGUGAUACAGUCAGAGUACAUGAAGGUUCUUGUUUUCGUCCCUUAUCGGCUUCUCCAAUCAACUCAUUUACAACAGGUAGCACCGUUUCCUUCUUUACGGUGAUUUUAUGCUCACAGAAGGAAGAGUAG